AUGGCGUUGUUAUCGCCGUUCGUGUCGGUCGCGAUAUCAAUACUUUACACGCCGUUUUUACUUUUAAUAUUGUGUGUGAUAUUCUUGGCUUCAAUAGGUAAAUCAUUAGGUGUUCGGAGGCUCUAUGUCAACAUACUCCUGAAGCUGUUUGAGUAUGGGCGUCAACACAUCGAGGUCGCGAAGAAGGUCAGCAGGAGUGACAGCUCAGAUGACGAGGACGCUAUUCCCGCACCAGACGACAAACCACCGUCGGCUGUCGUCAAAGAAAAUGGCGUUAACGGUACGAAGAAUACUGUGAUAGAAAGAGCAGAAAUAUUAGGACCUUCGCCAGAGUUGAACUACAAGAGAAGCUCCAGCCAGGAGAGGAUGCAGAAUGGGCACAGAACGGAAACCGGGAGUAAAGAGACGAAUCUGGAUUUCCACCUGUCCCACUGCCUCGACUUGGUGAAGGCCGGCAUGGAGUCCAUAAUCGAAGACCAGGUCACCUCGGUCUUCGAGGCGGAGGAACUCAGGAGUUGGAACUUGUUGACGAGAACCAACCGACAGUACGAGUUCCUGACUUGGAGACUCACGAUCAUCUGGAUGAUGGGUUUCGUCGUCAGAUACAUGUUUCUGCUCCCGUUGAGGAUACUGAUCUUCGUUUGCGGGGUAUUCACAAUGAUAAUCACAACGACGCUGGUCAGCACGCUACCGUCUGGUAGGGUGAGGCGUUACCUCGGCGCUGUCUCCUACAAAAUCUCCAUCCGCGUACUGAUAAGGAGUCUGUCGUGCGUGAUAACGUUCCACGACCAGCAGCACAUGCCGAAAUCGAACGGCUUCUGUGUCGCCAAUCACACGAGCCCGAUCGAUGUGGCCAUCGUCAGCGUGAACACGUGCUUCUCAUUGGUCUGGUGGUUGGUACUAUGCACCGCUCUCGUUGGCUGCGUACCGGAAGGAAGCCUCAAGAAACGUCUCAAUAGGACGGUGGCAUUAAUGUGCUUCAGCUUCCUGGCCAGGAGUAUAUCGGCGGUGAUAACUUACCACGACGCGAGGCACAGGCCGGCCGAGGGCGGAAUCUGCGUAGCGAAUCACACUAGCCCCAUAGACGCUCUGGUAUUGAUGUGUGAUAACUGCUAUUCACUGAUUGGACAGAGGCACGGAGGAUUCCUCGGUCUCCUACAGAGGGCUCUCGCGAGGGCGUCCCCUCACAUUUGGUUCGAGAGGUCGGAGGUUAAAGACAGGCACGCCGUCGCGAGGAGACUAAAAGAACACAUAUCGGUUGCCGACAAUCCUCCUAUACUGAUAUUUCCCGAAGGCACCUGCAUAAAUAACACGUCGGUGAUGCAGUUCAAGAAGGGCAGCUUCGAAGUCGGCGGCACUGUCUACCCAGUGGCAAUCAAGUACGACCCUCGUUUCGGGGACGCAUUCUGGAACAGCUCUCGUUACGGGAUGCUCCACUACCUGCUGAACAUGAUGAGCUCGUGGGCGAUAGUCUGCGACGUGUGGUACCUGCCGGCGAUGUCCCGGCGCCCGGACGAGACCGCGGUCGACUUCGCGAACCGGGUCAAGUCGGUGAUCGCCAGGCAGGGCGGCCUCAUCGACCUGCAAUGGGACGGACAGUUAAAGAGAACGAAAGCGAAGAAGGAGUGGAGGGAGCUCCAGCAAGAGGAGUUCAGUAAGAGGUUAAAAGUGGAAUAGUGGAUGUGGGGGGGGACGGUUGCGGUGUUGGGUCCCCCCGGGGAUCGACAUAGGGGAUCCUUCGAAUGAACUGUUCUCGUGCGGGCUUCGAGUGAAGGUGUUUUGAUGUGCUGAUCGUUUGGGGUGGGGCUCGUGUGCGCGGAGCCGUGGGUUCGAGUUUGGUUAUAGCGCGUAUCCGAAUUCUGUAAUGGCGACAUAAUUCGCACAUACGGUGCUAUGAUACUAUAUAUCGACGCUUGAAAGGCAAACGUGACUGAGCGACAAUGCGUGAACUUUACAGUAGACUAAUUUAAAGUUGAAAUACCUGAAAAAAAUUAUAUUUCAACGAAUCUGAAGCUGUAGGAUUGAAAUGAUUUUAAUAGACCUAGAAAUAAAUUUUUUUUGCGCAUCGAAUACUGUUAUUGCCUAUCAUUUAUGUACAAAGCAGUUAUUGUCGCUUAGUCACGUUUGCCUUUCAAGCGUCGAUAUAUAAUAUACAGGGUGUUAGGAGAUCGCUUCUGAAAACGAAGACAGAUGAUAGUACUAAUGACACCUUUGAUGAUGGGAUGAAAAAAAUCGAUGAUGAUUUAAAAAAAAACAUCUUUAAAACGUUUUAUUAGCAUUAUUUACGCUCCAUCGCAUUAGUACAGGUAAAUAAAAACGAUAGUUUCAUAAAAAAUACAUUACUUUACUAAUAAAAAAAAAGUGCGUGCGUACAAAGUACACAUGUCAGAAGUGAAACUUUUUUGGCGAACUAAUUUAUAAGUCUUGCUUAUAUUUAUACAAAUCUAAAACUUUAGAUUUCCGAGACUUAGAGGAAGGGAAAAAGGAAGAUAUGUUCCCGCCAAAAGUCUGUCAAAUGUCAAUCUCAAACAUCAGUGUUGACAUUAUGUUUAGAUUUCUAAAUUGUAAAUGACUAAUAUUUUGCCAAUUGAAUUGACUAAUUUAAUUUCAUGCUAUUUGAUUAAUGUUCCAAAUUCUUUUCAUUUCAUUUCAAUCCCUAUUAACAUUUUUCACAAAAAAAUUAUAAAAUAUUAGGCUGUAUGGUAUGAUACAUUUGCGUUUCCAGUUGGAAAAAUACAACAACUACUACUACUGACAUUUGACUAGUACUUAAUUUCAAUAGUAGCUUGAUGUCACUUCCGUUGCAUACCUGCGUGACGUUCUGUAAAAAUUUUACCCUCAUGCGCCUAAAGAAGUUUCACUUCAAAAAUCAGCAAUGAAACACAAAAUUAAAAACAGCUGAUCCUCGGGUCAACGAACGCCCGGACUCGCGCGAUCACACAAAUACUUAUUUACAACAUUUGUCUAAAUAACUAUCAUUAGUACUACUAGUUUUUACUGGUGGUAGGACCUCUUGUGAGUCCGCGCGGGUAGGUACCACCGCCCUGCAUAUUUCUGCCGUGAAGCAGUAACGCGUUUCGGUUUGAAGGAUGGGGUGGCUGUUGUAACUAUACUGAGACCUUAGAACUCAUAUCUCAAGGUGGGUGGCGCAUUUACGUUGUAGAUGUCUAUGGGCUGCGGUAACCGCUUAACACCAGGUGGGCUGUGAGUUCGUCCAAGCAAUAAAAUAAAAAUCCUCUGUCCUCGUUUUUGGAAGCGGUCUCCCAAUAUAUAACACUAUAUGGCAUUAUAAUGUCUCUUAUAUAGUUUUUGUUAAAAUUGAGCUAAGUUUGUAUGAGAAAAUAGGUUUUUUAAUAUGCAGUUAGUUAUUAGUGAAAUGUUUUUGCUUUUACUCAUGAAGUUUAAAGUUGUAGUUUGAUAAUAUAGUAUUAUCAAUUUAUUUCUUUAGUGGAGAUGAAUUUAUAUAAUUGUAAUUUAAGAAUGUUGAAUUUUCAAACGUGUUUACUCCUGAAAAAUUACAUAAUUUGCAUAAAUGUUAUAAUAAUAAUAAUUUCUUUAUUUAUCUAUUUAUCAGAUAAUAAUUCAUGAAUGAAUAGAAAAUAAAAGAAAAUAGGCAAUUCGGUAGGCAGCGGCUUGGCUCUGCCCCAGGCAUUGCUGAAGUCCAUGGGCGACGAUAACCACCGCCCUCAGGUGGGCCGUAAGCUUUUUUUUUUAAUUUUUUUUUUUUAAAAUAAUAAUUUUUUUUUUUUUGUUGCUUAGAUGGGUGGACGAGCUCACAGCUCACCUGGUGUUAAGUGGUUACUGGAGUCCACAGACAUCUACGACGCAAGGAAAUGCGCGACCCACCUUGAGAGACAAGUUCUAAAGUCUCAGUAUAGUUACAAUACAUAUUUAUAAUUACUUUUUUUUAAAUGCACCUUUUUUUGAAGUGAAACUUCUUUAAGCGCAAUAAGGGUAAAAUUUUACUCGUGACAGAUUCGUUACGGCUAGAGAGAAAAGAUACAAUUUAGGACAAGCGAGAGUGAGAGAACAGACAGAGCGUCUCGCGAACCACUCGACCGUGGAGAGGGAGAGAGCGUGUUGGUUGUCUCUCUCAUACGCAUUCUGUUUACGGGCGUCGGCCACUAGAGGGCUCGUUAUUAGCUUCCCAUUGCUCUUGUAGAUGACAGUGACAUAUUAGCUUAUAUUCUAUUUGUAAUGAAAUAUUUUUAAAAAAAGGUUUAUUUUUCUAAAUAUAAUUUAAAAUAAUUGGUGAAGAGGUCGUUUCUCUCAUGCAUAGCUUUCUCUAUUACAAGAGAAAUUUGAUUCAAGGAUGACAAAUGAAGAAAACCACAAUACACACUACAUACCGCAAAAGAAGUUUAACUUCUUCCACGCGAACAAUUUUUUAUGAUUUUUUUAUUUGAAGGUAGUCAAAACAUCUCGGUCAUCGGCGGACACGAAAACUGUGGAGUGUUCGUUACGUUGAAAAUUUAUUCACGAGAAUAAAAUCGUAAAAGUUAUUUUAAUUAAUUAUUUAUUUAUUUAUUAACGGUAAUACGAUUAAGUCGCUUUUGCUGUAGCUUACUUCACAAAUGAAUGGAUGUCAAUUUAAAUACAACACAUUUAUUUAUUUAUUUAUACUUUAUGCACAAAACAAAACUUGUACACAGGCGGACUUAAUGCCAUGGGCAUUCUCUUCCAGUAAUACAUAUACCAGUAAUUAUUAAUUAAAUUCGUGAAUCGCUAUAGGCGAAUAAUGAUGAUGAAUUAAAUUCAAAUUCUUUUGUAACACAUCAAGUGAUUUAUAGUUUAAAAAGGUCAAAUAAAAAAAGUGUUUUUGUUUUUAAUAACACCGUAUGACGUCAUAAGUGGGUAAGCGUUAGUGAAUUUAUUAUUAUUAUUAUUAUGCAGAUAGUUGAACGAGCGCACGGCCCGCUUGUUGUUAAGUGUGUUACUGGAGUCCACUGACGUUCUAAUGCGAAUUUCGUCGCCUUUUUAACUGAAACGUGCGGAAUAACUUACCGCCACUACUAAACGCGGAUGGUCGAUCGCAAUAAAUAAUACUCAGAGAAUGCUGCUGUCCAUUCUCCGCUGGAUCCCUUAGUCGCUUCCGACAACCCGGGUAGAGGGAAGGGGGGGUUAUCUUAGGACGCCACACAGAUAAUACAUUCCUCCUUCAUCUUGGCCCCAAAUGACGUCACGCUACGAGAAUCCAGUCAAACGAAGAGUCCAUCAAUGUUUGGUUCGCGCGAGAAGUCACCGGUCCCCAUUGAUAUUGUGAUGAUCAGUGAUCAGGAACUAAGUUUGUUUUUUAUAUAUAUAUGUGUAUAUGUAAAGAGAGCGUUGUGAUUUAUUUAAUUUAUUAAUGAAAAACUGACGUGUUAGCUGCCAUGUCUAUGUGUCGUGGCCAGUGAUAGGACGCGGGUAGUUUCGUUUUUGUAAUAACCUUUUUGAAUGGAUGUUUGAUGGUGUAUAGUGGUAUGGUAAAAUAUAGAGUGUCGACCUGACCGGUAGAUCUCGUUAUGUGGUCAUUUCAACCCAGCGCCACCUGUUGGGUCCAGUAUCAAAUGUAAAUCAUACGACCGGAGUAAGCUUCAGGGUAGAAAUAAAGAGUACUGACUCAGUGUAUUAAAAAGUGUUUGCUGAAUUUUUUUUAUGACAUGUCAUAAAUUUUUGCUAUGACAUGUCCUUCUUCAAACGAGGCUUGUGGAGAGUAUUAAGCGGUAGGCAGCGGCUUGGCUCUGCCCCUGGCAUUGCUGAAGUCCAUGGGCGACGGCAACCACUCACCAUCAGGUAGGCCGUAUGCCCGUCUGCCUACAAAGGCAAUAAAAAAAAAAAAAAAAAAAAAAAAAAAAAGAAUGAGAGCCAAUGAAGGUGGCGCCACUGUAGCAAGAGGAGAGAUUUUAAAAACAGCGCCAACAACUAUUAGGAUAUUGAAUUAAGAAGGAAAUAAAUACUUACUACGUUUAAAUAGUAAUAGAUAUAAAUAGUUGUGAUUUUAAAUACGGCAUGUUUUUUUAACUACACAAGUUACAGAAGCUUUUUUUUAAUACGCUUUUAUUAGCUUCAGACGUAUGUAUGUAUGCAUGUAUGUUUGUAACGGAAUCUUUGAACAUGAUUUUGACCCCCUUCAAAACGUCGGACUAACUCGAAAUUUGGUAUACUUAUUAAGGAGCGAUGACAAUUCAAUAUUUAAAAAAUAAAAGAAAAAAGUUGAAAUUCAAUUAAAAAAUUACAACAACAAAAUACGCUUUUAUAGAAAAUGUAAAUAAAAAAUAGAAAAUAAAUUUUAAUACAUUUGAGUUAAAAAUAGUGUAAGAAAAAAAAAAAUUGUAAAAGAAGCGUGGGGUGCUUUUCAGGAUAUUAUCAAAAUAACUUCUACUCAUAUUUGUUCAUAAAAUAUUUAUCACUACUGAUACCAUGCACCCCACGCUUUUUUACAAUAAAAUUUUUUUUCUUACACUAUUUUUAUUUCUAAUUUGUUUUCGAUUUUUUAAUUGGAUUUUCUAUAAAAGCAUAUUAAAAGCGUAGUUUUUUUAAACUAAACUGCUAUAUUUAUAUAAUUUCCACUUACUACACUAGCGCUAUGUCGGUGAGUCUUUCAACAAUAGCUCGGUGGUUACAGAAGGACACUUUUUCAACUUGUCCCCUAUACAAGAUAGCGCUCCUGAUUUCUCUCUAAAAUUAUUCCAGCCGUUUCUAAUUGUCAUCGAAUACACGGACAGAAGAAUUGUAUAUAAAUAGAUUAGAGACAAUAAUUUAAUGAUUUGAAGUCACGUCAACACUAGGCUGCCAGACAUGACAGUUAACAUGGCAAUAAAUAAAAUUAAUUUUGUUUUUUUUUUUAUUUAAUUAUAUUUUGUAAUCUUGUAGACAUAAUCGGUGUAAUAAUAAAUAGUAUUAUUAAAUAUUUUUACGAGUAA